AUGAACGCGACAAAAUGGAGAAUCUCAAAGGCUUGUCAAGAAUGUCGCGCCAAGAAGAUCAAGUGCAACGGCGAGACGCCCUGCCAGAACUGCCGAAUGAGAAAUCUCAGCUGCGUCUACCGCGAAAAAGCCAGGAAUAGGACGCGAAAGGUCAAGCCGCGAACUGCCGCUUAUGAGACCAUCAUGAGCCAUGAUGCUAUGGAGAGCACCUCACUAGAACCAUCCGACGAAGGGACCGUGCCGCCUACCCCGAGUGCCGAUGAUGCCGCCUCUAUCGGACCCUCAGUAAUGGACAGCGAGCGCAGUAUACCUCACAACGCUGUCGCUGCGACACAUCGCGCAUCCGCGUCAUGUUUUCUCCAACUUUACUAUGGACCUUCAUCAAAUUUCGCCCUUCUCAAUUCCAUCUACCACCAAAUAGCAGGGACAUCGCCAAACGAUCCUCCGUCGCGCACUGGUAUUGUUGAAGAAGCUGGAGCAGGACUCGAUCUUUUUAGUCAUCGAAGAUUGUUCUUUGGAGACUUGGCAGACAAUCAAAGACCAACGGCACUCCCGGAUGAUUGUUCAGCUAUGCUUAUUAACCCAGAAACAGCCCACCGUUUGCUCGAAAGAUAUCUUUUGACCUACUGGCAUGGUCUGCCUGUCAUGAGCAAAGAUGAUUAUCGCCGUCGCUUAGAUGCGCUGUUUCAACCACCGGGAAUCUUUGAUUAUGAUCAGCCCGAGACGAUCAUUAUCAUGCUUGCAGUUGGUUUGGGCGCUUCCAUGACGGGUGAAGAAGCUAUCGCAGAAUUCCUUUUUCAGAAAACCAAACAAGGUGCUUCGAAAUUGGACGAAGUUGUCAACAUGCAGGUCGUCCAAAUACACCUCCUAAUGAUAAGUCAUCCUUACCCAUACCUUGUAUUUACCUAA